GAUACUUAUUCAUAGCCCAAUAUUAUCCAAGCUAGACGGGCGCUUGUCGACCAUGACGUUCUCUCUACACAAGUCUCUACAUGCACUUCACAACCUAAACAUCUUGCGCAGGAGAUUUCAAUUCAUUACCCUGAGUCAAAUUUUGCUCCCUGCGAUUGAUUGUAGUAUAUUAUGCCUCCGCGGGAGCUUCCAGGAUUUUACUGGGAUGAAACCAAGGAACGUUACUUCCCGCUUUCAUCCAGACCUCCUGGCAGCCCAACAACCCUCCCAUCCAACGCUUCAUUGUCAUCCGAUAUCUCUGGCCAGCAGCGUACACGAUAUCGAAACGAGGGCCCUCUAAAACGCCGGAAAGUCGAGUUUCAGCAAGAACCACAACCGCAGAAUGUGUGGUCUCUGGUCGACAGGAUGAGAACUGGUGGAACAUACACGGCGACCGGAAGAUAUGUUCACGAACUAGAACUUCAGAGCAUAGCCAGACCUUGUCGUGUUGAGGUGAACAGUGUUUCGGACAGUAACGUCCUCUCGUUUGUCGCGACAGAACAAGCUGACGGCUCGUAUACAACUACGGUCGGUGACCAAUUGGGUUGGGUGUACACCCAAUAUAGUGCCGUGCCCAAUGUACCUACCAGGGAAGUGUUUCUUGGAUCGCAGGUAAACACAGUGUGUUGUACACAAGACAUACGUGUGGCAAUACCAUUCGGAGCCGCGUGUGAGGUUGUCAUCCAAAACCUUACCUCUCCUGACGUUAGCAUGUGGACAAUACUGCGUAUCCUGGACAAGAGCUGUCAUGAUGUUCGAGAUGCGCAUCUUUUGGAUCACUCUUUGUUAUUGGGCGCUGCAGGCCGCGGGAUAUUAAUGCCAGAUAUUGUUGCUUCGACCCACUUUCGUUUCCUACCAACUAAAAGUGAUGUAUUAUCUGUUUACCAACUCGGACAAUUGUGCUAUACCGGCUGUCGAAAUGGUUCUAUACAAUGCUUCGACAGACGAGUGGAAACUGUACACAAGGGUCAAGAGCUAUUCAACCAGAGGUUUAAAGGGACUAACAGUUCCAUUACUCACCUUAGUGUGGUCAACGAAUGGCAACUGCUGGUUAGCACCAUAGGUGGCAGUCUGGAGAUGUAUGAUCUUCGUUUUGCAGGGAACCCCGGUCCCAUCAUGCAGUUCCAGGGUCACUCUAAUCGCUACACAGAGAAACUGGGGCUAGCUGUAUCACCAGCCCAUGAUCUCUUGUUCGCAGCAAGCGAUGAACGCCGCGUCAAUGCAUGGUCCCUGCGUACAGGAAACCCAAUCAUUCCUUCCGUCGAUCCCAAACAAUCUCCUGAUUCCUCUCUACUGGCUCUUGUUCCUCUGCCAAAGAGAUGCCCCAGACUACUGGAAGAGCCUUUCCCCGCUGAAAUUCCUGCAAUGCAGGUCACGGACGGUGGCAGUGGUGAAGAUCGUGGCUUGUGCGUGUGGGUCGCUAGCGGAAAAGCAUUGUAUAGAUAUAGGAUUGGGAAGCGGCCACUAUUCUGAAGUCCACUCAUGAUCAGCCGCCUUUCUUUACCGGGAGGACGUGGAACGGAACUAUAUUCGUCAACAGUAAGGAUACCAUGCAAGAAGCUUGUAAUCAAGACGGCUUUCCUUUGAAGUACUCGUUUCUCACUAUCACGCGAACACAAGGCACAUUAUACCGCCCCAUAUACCUUCGCUCGUAGGUGAAGCGGAUGGCACAAAGCUGUAUACGCCCAAGUUGGCCAACCCGAGGAUCAUGCGCGACUUCCAUCCGGCAAACACCGAUCGACUGAGGAGGAUUGCUUUGCUGAGGUGCUGUCCAAUGUACCCUCAGGAUGAUGUAUAGCAUCGGUACUUCUAUCACCUUAUGUGAUCGUAUUUGUGAUUUGUUUCUUACGUUUGAUCCCCAUCUAGGGUACUCCUUGUAUUCCCAUUCCGAGCGCCAUCCAGACACGCAUCACUCCACGCACGGGAGCUUCAUUUGGAACGAAUAAUCACGUUUGCCUUCA